CUUUGAAAACUGGCCGCUUACUAAAGGGUGACCGCUUAAUACAGGGCCGUUACAUACAGGUUCGACUGUAUUCUUAUAUUGUACGAGCGGUUAGAACAGUAACAUUUUCAACUCCAGGUCUUAAAUUAGGGAAGCCCCCAUACUAAGUGCAGGUUGACUCAGCAUAUUUUCCGUUGCGACACAAGCGAUUUACUCAGUCUGUUUAUUGCCGAUCAUAUUGACGACAUAAAACCUUGCAAAACAGUUUUGUGUUAUUAACCAAGGUAUAGUAAUUUUGUAUGUGCAUAGAUUUUCUUUUUUGAUUCCAAAUGCAAGAUUUAAUGUAAUCGAAGAGCACCCAACCUCGUCUCUAAACGUAAUCAUUUAUUUAUUCAGUGUUUAUUUAUUAUUAGCUCGACAGUAGCUCUUUGUAUUCAAUCCAGUUACACUCCAGACGUCGGACAAAGAGCAAGUUACAAUUCAGCAGGAAUCCGGUAAGAACCACUGUUGGACAAAAGAUUUUAAAAGACGGCUCCGUAAACGUCACUGUUUCAAUAUGGCGCCGGAGUGAGUGGUAAGUGUUCCUGCUUACUGAAGCAGAUUUAAAAACCAUUAAAGGUCUUUAAUAGUACAUACUGCGAAUUUCAAAAUGUUCAGUGAUUUGUAAUAACUUGGGCUAUACUGGCAUUUGAUGGAGGGUUUUUAACUGGCUUGCAAGGGUUGUGUAUUAAGACAAGAUGCUGACUACUCAAUAAGUUGUACUUAAGGUUAUGACGUUGCGUGUUAUUUAAACCGCCGAACGUGUUCCCAUCAUGUUAAGUUAUCACGUCAUGAUAUUGUGAUAUUGGGCCACAGGGUGGCUCUUGGCGAAAACACUUGACUGAUUGAUUGGAAAUAUUGUUUUUAGUGUAUCAGUCAUAUUGGUAGCCAGUGCUACAGAUGUCUUUCUUCCUUUGACUUUACGUUUGGUUUUGGCAGAGACCAGACGACUAUUCUUCUUUCAUGAAUAGUGUCUCCUUACAAAUUAUUUUUACAGGUAGCUUACCAAAAGUGUUAUUAAAGAUAUUGCCUCCGAUAACCCCCCUAACCAGUCUUAACAGCUGCUGAUGAAAAAUGACUUUAGCGCCUUAUCGGGAUGAGCAGUUGAACUAUUUCAAGUUUGCUUCCAUCGUCCUGAAUGACUUUCCUAAAGCCUUACGUCAGACAUUCAAAUCCAUGUGGGACAACACCUUUGGAUAUCUCCCUGGUUACCAACUCUGGGAUGACUCCAUCACUGUGCGGAACAUGUUUCUCCGCACAGAAGGUGGAACCACCAGAAUUCCCGCACACCUCUCGUAUAACGAAUGGGACGGUACCGCUUUGUUCCAGGCGACAAUCUACGCACGCUCCUUCGCGCUACCAGACAGCAGAGGACAUCACAGGACACUUAGUGACUUGUAUGUGAAGCCCAGAAGAUUACCUCAUGGCAGUUUUCAUCCGUCGGUGAAAAGCCCGGGUGGAAAUGAGGCUGAAACUUAUGCACUGGCGAUUGAUCAACUUCGUCUUCUUAGAAAUUCGAUUUGUCACUCACACGGUUCUGAGAUAAUCAAGGUCACAUUUGACCAGUACGUGCAACUUGCUAAAGAUGCGUUUAAAGCUCUGGGAGUGAACACAAACUCCAUUGAUGCUGUAGGAGGUUUGACUGAGUCGGACUUCCCCACAAGAAAGGUUCGUCAGUUAGAGGAAGACACCAGAAUAGAGUUGCAGGCAGUAAACAAAUUCCUCCAAGACGAGGUGACAGAUCAUCUACUGGAUAUACAGUCAGAUAUUGUUCAGUCAAAGCAGGAAAGACAGAACGAUCGGAAACGAACAGACACAGAAAGAAAGGAAGAGAUUCAGGACCUAAAGAUCCAGUUAAAGAGCGACAAAGAUGAGUUGAAAGACAAGCUGGAACACAUCACGUCGGUUAUCAUUCAGUCAAACCAGAAACAACUAGAGGAUCGAAAAGUGACCGAGAAAGAACUUGACAACCUGACGAAACAGUUACAAUUUGACAAAGAUGAGGUUAAGGAAGAAAUUAGAAUAACUGCGGAGAAAACCAUUGAAGCAGCAACUGGAGCAAGCAGAGGAAUCACUGAGGACCUGGCGGAACUGAAAGAAAAAGUGGAUGACAUAAUCAAAAGCAACAAAUCAGAUACUAAAGUCGUUUUACCGAGAUCAUGUCUUCCUACAACUGUUCCACACUUCACUGGCCGUCAGAACGAAUGUGACGAGAUCAUUGGUCAUGCGACGUCCGAAUCUACCCGAAUUGUGUCGAUCUGGGGUUCGCCUGGAUUCGGGAAGACGUCGAUUGCAAUUAAUGUGGGACAUCAUCUUCAGUCUGAAGGAUUACCUAUUUAUUUCCUCUCAUUACGAGGGUCUGGUUCAAAAGCAGAUCUGACAUCGAAGCUUCUUAGCUUUCUUCGGCAAUCUUCUUCAAACGAACCAUCAUCUCAGCCUCUCUCGCUAGAUGACGAACUUUGCGAACUGUUUAGCAGGAUCGUUGAUCGUUGUGUAUUCAUUCUUGAUAAUGCUGACGAUCUGUUCAAGAGUGGCGCGGCAAACGUUACGGAGGAGGUCGUGAAUCUUCUUGAAGAAAUCCUCGGGCGGAACGAACGGGUGACAUUCAUCCUUACCACAAGGGAAUCGUUGGAAUUUAUGAAGAUUCAUUUCCAAGGCCUCCAGGCAGUAAGAAUAAGACCACUGGACGAGCACUCUUCUGAAAGCUUAGUUCACGGAUUACUGGCGCCAAAUGUGACCUCUUCCGACUGCAGCAGAAUUACCCAAAUCUGUGGGCACGUACCUUUAGCCAUUAAGUUAUUGUGUUCUUCCAUUUCUGAAGAUAAUGCUCAACCGAGUCAAUUUUUGGAUGAACUCAUGGCAGAUAAAGAAAGUAAUAUUAUCGCUAUUUUGGACGACAACCCAGAUUAUACCAGUAAUCUGAGGCUAGAAUUCCUCUUUGAUUCAUCUUUUCAGAGACUCUCUACUCAAGAAAAAGAAGCUCUUGUGUCUUUGAGUGUUCUUCCAGAGAAUUUCAGUCAAGAAGUUGCUGCAGUCGUUUUAAAUCUAACAAGAGUUUCUGUCACCAAGAAAUUGCAAAGUCUUCGAAGGAGGUCCCUCAUCGAUUCAAGUUCCAAACCGGGAUCAUUUCAAAUGCACAGCCUUCUCCAAUCAUUUGCAAGAGAAAAGGGAGAACAAGAAAUGAAGGAAACAGUUCUCACUUCCAGAGCCCGCUUCUAUGAAUUUUACAUUUCCAUGUUUGAGAAGCUAAACGAGCAGUUUCUUACAGGACAUUCCAUGUCGGCUUUUGUUGAGUUUUAUGAAAAUAAGGAAUGUAUAAUUCAAAGUCUUACAGAAGGCUGCACGUUUUCUAGAACAGCGGACAUUGCUUUCAACGUUCUGCUAGGUGCAGAACUGUUUGUUGACUCCGUUUUUAUUUCUGGAGGAGCAAGCAUGCUUUAUGAUUCAGUGAUUAAGGCAGCCAACAAUCUGAAGACAAACAGUAUAUUCUACAGGCAAUUAUUUGUUUCCAGAGCACUUUUUGAAAUAGCUUUGGGAGAAGCGGGAGCAACGAUGCAGCUGCUAUCUAAAGCGAAGGAAAUUCAAGCUUUGUCUGCCAGUGUCGUUGACGGAGAAGAAGGAAAAAUUCUUUGUUAUUCUGGUAUCUGUCACCUUGUAGCCGGCAAAACUGAGCAAGGAGUUAAAGUGUUAAAAGAGGCUCUUCCUCUAAUGAAAGACAUCCCCAAUCAGACAGUCCUUAGGCUUUCUGUGUGUCAGAUUCUUGCCAUCUAUUACCGCUUCAAAAAGGACUCUUCAAGCUUCAACUUGUUCUAUGGUAAAGCUCUACAGGAAUGCAAAGCAGCGGGAGACAGGCAGCUUCUUAUUAUUCCCGAGAUGGAAAGCACUGGAAAGACAACCGACCAAGAAAACAUACCACGAAUAAGCAACGAGAAUCACCCGCUUCAACUACAAGUUAUCGUUCUUUUAACCCUGGCUACAAACAGUUUUCCUGAUUUUGAGACCAAACAAUUUGUACACAAUGUUACUCUGGAAAUGGUAAAAGAAAACGAAGCUGCUGCCCAACACAGCUCACUUGGUUUGUCGCAGUUUCAACGCAGUGUGGCCUACAUGUUUUGCGUUUUGAAAAAAACUGAAGACGCAGCCAAACUGUCUGAGGCAAGUAUCAAUUAUCAUCUAAGGGCACUCAAGCAGUGUAACAGCGAUCAAGAGGAAUUGCAAAGGCGAACGAAAUACCUCCCCAGAGAUGAUACACUGCAUCAGGAAAUACUAGCAAAGAGUUACUGGGAUCUUGGCAAUUUUCAUCACCUGAAAGCAAACUUUUCAGAAGCUAUUCAGUCACAUCAGAGUGCACUUGAAAUACGAUUGAAAAUUUUUGGAGAAGAACACUCAAGCACAGCUGAAAGCUACCAUUCACUCGGGUGCGCUCAACACGCAUAUGGCGACUUUGUAUCAGCUCUUAAGUCUGCAAAGCGUGCUCUUUACAUCAGGCUAAAAGUGUUUGGAGAAGAACACGCAAGCACCGCUGAAAGUUACCUUUCACUCGGGCUCACGCAACGUGCACAAGGCGACAUAACGUCAGCUCUUCAGUCAUACCAGCGUUUGCUUGACAUUAGACUCAAACUCUUUGGAGAGGAGCAUUCAAGCACAGCUGACAGUUACCUGUUACUUGGGGACACGCAUUGUGCACAAGACGACUUUUCGUCAGCUCUGCAGUCUGUAAAACGUGCGUUACACAUCAGAAUCAAACUUUUUGGAGAAGAAGACACAGGAACAGCUGACAGUUAUGUGUUUCUAGGGAACGCACAAUAUGCACAACACGACUUCACAUCAGCUCUUCAGUCAUACCAGCGUGCACUCGACAUCAGACUCAAGCUGUUUGAAGAAGAACAUUCAAGCGCAGCUGACAGUUACGUGUCACUCGGGAACGCACAAUUUAAACAACACGACUUCACGUCAGCUAUUCAGUCAUUCCGACAUACGCUUCACAUCAGAAUCAAACUGUUUGGAGAAGAACACAAAGGGACAGCUGACAGUUACGCGUUACUCGGGAACGCUCAAUUGGCAAAAGACGACUUCACGUCAGCUCUUCAGUCAUUCCAGCAUGCUCUUCACGUCAGAAUCAAACUGUUUGGAGAAGAACACACAGGGACAGCUGACAGUUAUCUGUUACUCGGGAACACACAAUAUGCACAACACGACUUCGCGUCAGCUAUUCAGUCAUUUCAUCGUGCACUUCACAUCAGAAUCAAACUGUUUGGAGAGGAACACACCGGUUCAGCCGACAGUUAUGUGUCACUCGGGAACGCACAAUUUGCUCAAGACGACUUCACAUCAGCUCUUGAGUCAUACCAGAGGGCACUUGACAUCAGACGCAAACUGUUUGGAGAAGAACAUAAAAGCACAGCCGACAGUUACCAUUCACUUGCAGGGGCUCAAAGUUCACAGGGCGACGAAGGGUUAGCACUUCAAUCGUACCAGCGUGCACUUGACAUCAGACUCAAGUUGUUUGGGGAAGAACAUUUAAGCACAGCAGACAGUUAUAAUCUUCUUGGACAAACACAAUAUUUACAGGGCGACUUGCCGUCAGCUCUUCAGUCAUUCAAACGCGCUCUCUACAUCAGACGGAAACUGUUUGGAGAAGAACACUCGAGCACAGCUUAUAGCUACUGGUCACUCGGGGGCAUUCAGUAUGCGCUAGGCGACUUUACGUCUGCUUUUCAUUCACAACAGCGUUCACUUGUUAUUAGACAAAAACUUUUUGGAGAGAAACACGUAUAUACAGCACGCAGUUACCAUUCACUUGGGUGGACACAACAUGAACAGGGCGACUUUUUGUCAGCUCUUCGAUCAAAACAAUGUGCACUUAACAUCACACUCAAACUGUUUGGAGAAGAACACCCCAAAACUGCUGACAGUUACUCGUCACUCGGGGACACGCAACAUGCACAAGGCGACUCGACUUCUGCUUUUCAGUCUAAACAGCGUGCACUCAACAUCAGAAUGAAGGUGUUCUUGAGGAACAUAGCAGAAGCCGAGAGCCACAUUUAACAGGAGAAUUAACCAUAGUUAGUUUAAGAUAUAAAGUCAGAUUGGUCCAUAUCUAGAUACUAUACAAUAUAACUUGAGGAGAGUACUGGUUCGUUACGUUAUUUAGCUCCCAUGUUAUGGGCCAAACUACUUACGGUAAAAUCACUGGCCAUUCUAAGAACAUAGUACGUAAGCGCGGUAUAAGUUUAAUGUAAGACGCUGGCUGCAAGGGCCAUGAACUUUGAAAUUCCUAAUUAUCGACAUUCGUAAUUACUAUGGUAAUUCGUAAUUAUUAUCAACUUUUACAUCAUGCGUUUUAUAUAUUAUAUCUGUUUAUAUCUAUUUCACAUAACGUCUGGUACUUAUCGCAGUUCUAUUUCUUUCUCUUUCAAUCAUUAGUAUUAAUUUCUGUCCCCACAUUAGUAUGCGAUUGUCAUUCAAAGCUAGAAGGUAUUAACACUCAGUUAAUGGAAGUGAAUUAUUUCAUAUAAACUUCACAUCACUCAGUUAAUGUACCAUCAGGCAUCAUCGUCAUGGUCAUGGUCAUGGUCAUGGUCAUGGUCAUCGACAUCGUCAUCGUCAUCGUCAUCGUCAUAUUACUUGUAGAUUAAAUAUAGGUCCACAUCAGUCUUUGGCUGCCUCUAAUUUAACCUAUUUCAAAUAAAGUAUGUAUGUAUGUAUCGUCAUCAUCAUCAUCAUCAACUAGUACUUUGGUGUUGCUGUCUUCUGAUGUUUCGAGGCGGAUCGAAGUAACGAGAAUCAGGAAAGAGUUAAUCUAUGAAAGACUAGUCCCGGUAGCCACGGACUAGCAACGGAGUCGGAGUCGUCAAUCAAGCGCAGAGCGAUACGAUCGGAUCCAGUGAAAAUCAAACCGGUUGAGUCACUGGCGGUGGCAGAAGAUACCGAUUCCGCUUAUGACUCCGUCACUUAUGAUCGAGUUAAGACUAGGUGGUCGGAGUCGCAUGCAGAAACCGAAGAACCAACCAAUCACAAUGCUCGAUUCAAGGUGUAUCAUUGCCUGGUUCUUUCCCUUCUGCUUCCGACUCCAACAAUGUAGUUUUCACUGGAUCAUAAGCGACUGAGUCGUAAAAAGAAUCGGAAUAAAAUGAAACCUUCUGAUUCCAGUAAGCUAGUGGGUCUAAAUAGCAGUUUUUAAAAACUCUUUUAAUACUACAGAAAUAAAAAGCGUAGGCUGCCUUUAUACUUGGUAGCCGAGUUCUAGUACUAACUGGAUAACGGCAUAAAAUGGUCAGAGCUGUGCUCAGGCACUGCGUAUCCAACUAUCAAACUACCCUCUAGUGCCCGAGAACAACACAGGCACCACGCCUGAAUUGUCUUUGAUACUUCAUAGGUGUGUCACACUGGUAACCAGAGACGAACUUAAGGACCAUGCAAAUCCUGAUGUGGUUACAUGUAAAUAGUAGUACAGUGAUUUACGUUGCGUUUCAAGGCUCAAUCGAACUUUCUAGUUUUCUGCCUGCUGCAACUUACAAUUGUAUUUUUGAAGACUUUAGUCGACUUUUUUUCUGUGAACUGUUCAUAACAAAAUCGAAGAUUAUGACUUCUAUAGUCUUUAUAGAUCAGCCGCAAUAGAGCGAGUUUCUCACAAUUGAAAAUAAAUCGUGAAGGAGUCCAGAUAUUUCAACCAGGAGGGAAGUCUAUGUUGAAGAACCCGGUACCCAGACAUACGGAACACAACAUGUCAAACAGAAACAUAAGCAAUUCCACAAGUUUAUUGUUCUUGAAGAACAGCAGGUGAACUCAAGUGCACUAAACUACAACCUAACAAAGAAAUUUUAUUCUGCAAAAUGACAACAGAGUUCUCCCCUGUAGCAGCAGUAAAUGAGAGCAGCUUUCUUAGCAGUGUUCAAUCAAUAGAACAUCACUCUAUCCACUAACAAGGGACGGGUGACUCGGUACACAAAUGACCAUCGAUCCUAAACAGCCCCCUCUCCUUCUCAGUUCUUAUUUGCUCAAGUCGUCACGCUACCCUUCAUAGGAGAGGAAAAGCACUGCGUGACAGCUAACUCAAAAUACUGUAUGAAAGAAUACUAAAUCAGUCCUGUGAACUGCUGUUUUUAAAAGGAGAGAA